AAUCACAUUUUUCUGGAGGGACUGAUAUACAAGUACAACUAUGUGUGUCCCCCAUAGACUGUAUAUUAUAUAGUCUAUGGUGUCCCCUUCAAAGAUUGCUCUAGAUAAUUUUUUUUUUUAUUGUCCCCUCCCCCAACUUUUAAAUUACGCCCAUGGCUGUGACAUCAAAUGUCUACUGUGAAAAAGCUGUGUAGCAGUGCUUUGUGCUAAAUGCUAUAGUCAGCAUGCAAAUAUGCUUACAAUUACACAGUGUGAGUUGCUAAGGUAUAAUGCUUCCCAUACUGCUUAGUUUAAUGUGUUAGCAUGCCAACACUUGCUAUUUAGCAUUAAACACAAAGUGCAGCUGAGGCUGAUAUGGGAAUGGCAAAGUAAUGGGAACUGUGGAACAAACACAUGACAAAUACCGACUUGUCCCUUCAGUUGCUGAAGAUGUGAAGAAGAGUUCCUGCAGAGCUGCUGCAGUGUGUUUGGGUGUGCUGUGUCUUCUCCUUCUGACUGGACUCCUAACUCUGGUUGGCCUAUUCACCAAAGGCAACUCUGAAUGGGAAAUGAAGAUGUUCCUGUUACACAACAGUUUCAACAACCUGACUCAAGAAAGAGACCAGUUACAGACCAGUUACAACAACCUGACUCAAGAAAGAGACCAGUUACAGACCAGUUACAACAACCUGACUCAAGAAAGAGACCAGUUCCAAAAAAGAGUUGAAGACAUGGCCAAAGAGAGAAUUGAUCUUCGUAAAAAGCUUCAAGAUCAGUAUAACAAACGAGGAUGGGUGUAUUUCAGCGGUAGUUUCUAUCACGUUUCUUCUACCAAGAAAUCCUGGCAAGGAAGCAGAGAUGACUGUGUGCAAAAAGGUGCAGACCUGGUGAUUAUCAACAGCAGAGAAGAACAGGAAUUCAUGAGACGGUUCCCAAAGCCCCUGUGGAUUGGACUGACUGAUGGAGAGAGAGAGGGGAGAUGGAAAUGGGUGGAUGGGACUCUGCUGACCCAAAGCUACUGGAUUCUUUCUGAACCAAAUGGGCAUAUGUGGAGAGACGAAGACUGUGCAGAAAUAUCUAACCAUUUAUUGAACAGCUGGAAUGAUGACCUGUGUAACUCUGAAAAAUUCUGGAUUUGUGAGAUGACAUUGCUUCUAUAACUCAACAUCCAAACCUACAAGACAAUGAUAUAAAAACAGGUAGAUACUCUGCAUUUCCCAGUUUCAGCUAAAACUUCCAAGACAGCCUAACAUAAUGCUAUGCAAGCUAUCAUAUAACCCUAACCCUAAACUGUACAGGGAAAGUGUCUCAUUAACAUACAUGGACAUAAAUGUCCGGCUUAGUUCACUGCUAUGAAUGUUGAAUUUGAUGACUGAUGAAUAGGGAUAAUUCACUCAACUCACAAAUCAAUACAAUUCCCGAUUUUAAGUUUCCAUACCAUUUUCUCAGGAUUUAUUGAGUUGCAGAUAAAUGACUGAAAAAUAUCCCUGUAUUGAUAUAAUCUGUGCAAAACAACAGAUGUGUCCUCUUAUCAAAGCAACAAAAAUGUAAGAAAAAAUUAAUUAUUAGAUUUCUUUUUGGUGAUUAAAUUUUUUUUUUAACAACAUACAAAAUAUACAAUUCGCAACAUGAACAUAUCUCUUCCCCCCUUCGUCAUCACCAACAAUCCAAACAAAAACAAAAAUCAAGAAAAGAUUACAUAGUAACUACAAUAUUGAAGACCAUACAACAGCAGUCGUCCAGAAAGCUCAGGUACUUUCCCCAUUUUCUAUUUUAGACAUCCAAUCUGGCAAACCGUUUCUAUGACAUUUUUUCAAACGCCUCCACCUUAGCCAUCUCGGAAGCCCACUCCUGGAUUGAAGGCACCCCUUCAUUCUUCCAUCCUCUUAAAAGAAUCUGUCUGGCUAUCAUUAAACUAGUCUGGACCCAACUUCUUAUGUGUUCAUCCAUCCCGCUUAGGAUUGACCCAUCUCUCCCGUUCCUCUUUGAUCCAAACGAUAUUUAAUUGAGAGAAUAUCGGAUGGGUUUUUGCCUCGUCAUGCAGUUUAACAGACAGGCUUUGUAAGGGUGAUAAUGGGGCAAGAACAGAUUGCUCAAUACAAUACCAGAGUGGAGCUCUCUCAGGAGGAAGUGACCACUGGGCCAGAUGCCUUAGUUAAAAGCAUAGUAAUAAUACAACAUCUUUGGUAGACCCAAACCUCCCCUAUUAAUAGGUCUUUGUAAUUUGGAUAAGGAUAAGGAAAUUCAGCUUGGGAACACAAACCAUUUUUGCAACAUUGACCUUCCCUGCUAUUGAGAGAUUGAGAGUCGCCCAUCUAUUAACGUCACAAGAAAUUAACGCACUGAGCUGUUAAAGGUAACGCCUCUGACUUGGACCAAUUUACCCUAUAACCUGAGAAUUUCGAGAAUUUUGUCUGUUGGGAAAACCAACAGACAGGAAGUAAAACCAGACAAGACAGAAAACCAGACUUUCAAAAUAAAACAGGGAACAUAGAAAAACAGAAAAACAAGACUACCACAAUAAGACAGAACACGGCACAAAGUACAAAGCACAAAACACACAAAAAGGCUACAAGAGUGGCACAAAGGCAAUCAGUCUCAGCUGGAUCCUGACAGGGUGCUUAUACAGCACCUUAAUCCACUUUAUAAAAAUGCUGCCAAACCCAUAUAUUUCCAAAAUUUUGAACAUAUAGCCCCAUUCAACCAUAUCAAACACCUUUUCAGCAUCAAGGGAAAUAGCAGCUAUUGGUGAUUGUGUAUCAGCUACAGACCAUGCAAUAGUAAUGAGACACCUGAUAUUACCUAUGGUCCUGUAAUAAGGUCCAGGAAUUUUGGAUGGGGAAACAUGAUAACCUAUGUCAGAUUGCAGGGACCCAGGUUCUAUUCAGCCCAAGAUGAAUUGUUCUGGGGGAUAGGUCAAUCCUAAACAGAAUGGAUAAGCACAUAACAAGCUGGGUCCAGACCAUAGGCGGAGUUUGACAUUCGAGCCAGGGGGGGCAAAAAAAAAAAAAAAACUCAUUGUAGCAACUGAGACCUGGGGAACACAGCACGAUCACAUAUGGACAAAACAAACAUGCUAAAUAAACAUAUGUUUAUUUUUUUAAGCAGAUUUGAAUUUACAUUGUAACAAUUUAAAACCUCGAGCUCAAUUUAGU